CACACGGUGUGUGAUGACGACAGCAGGAGGUCAUAGUGAAGAUGGCGGAUGUAGCGGUGUUAGCUGAGCUGAAGUUCAGAGAUGGACUGCGACAGAAAAUCUGCGUCCAAAUAGAGAAUAACCUGAGUUCCCUCAUCCGCGGAGUAAAAGAGCUGAACACGAACGUCUCACAGCUUCUCAGCGAGCUGGUGGAGCGGGAAAAAGCCCGCGGAGACAGAGCAGUAGGUGAGGAAGAGGAGGAGGACAGCGAUGAAGAGGACGAGGAGACAGGGGAUCCUCAAAACUCUGAACUACAACCUCCAGCUAAAAGAUCCAAGACCUGAAACACCUGAGGACACCUGAGAACUGUUGGAGAAAGAAUGAUGUCACAGUUUCACCUGUUGAACUGGAGAUGAUGAUGAUGUCAGGUGAUCAGUCACAUGAAUCAGUAAAAUAAAGCUGUUACAGCUCUGUCUCAGGUGAAGUCUAAAAAUAAAAUGUGAUUUUUACAACA